UUCACCAUCAGCAACGCAGGAUUCGCAGAAGAGGGAGGAGGACAACAAAAUGGCGCUGACCAGUUUUUUACCAGCACCAACUCAGCUGUCUCAGGACCAACUGGAAUUAGAGGAGAGAGCAAGAUCUCAAAGAGUGAGACAGACUGCAUUGGUGUCAUCACGAAGGGAACCUCCUCCUUAUGGUUAUCGGAAAGGAUGGAUACCACGAAUGUUGGAGGAUUUUGGAGAGGGAGGUGCUUUCCCAGAAAUCCAUGUUGCCCAAUAUCCUCUGGAUAUGGGCAGAAAAAAGAAAAUGUCCAAUGCAUUAGCUGUUCAGGUGGAUGCAGAAGGAAAAAUAAAAUACGAUGCUAUAGCUCGGCAAGGACAAUCAAAAGACAAGGUAAUAGGAUUCUCAAAUGUUUAUGUUUGAAGUAUAAUUUCUUGU